AUGAGAUUAUUUCUCUUUAUUGUGAAUCUGUUGAUCUUUGCAACUUUAUCCAGUAGCUGGUUUACAAGUGGUAGACGGCGAGCUAGCACAUGUCGAGAAUAUUUCGGUCAUGAAGCGACCAAUAAACUUCUCCUGGUUAAUCUCGAUCCAAUCAAAAGCGAUCUGCGCGUUGACUUUCGUACCUACAUACAAUCAGCAACACCGUUGCCAACAUUCAAAAAGAUUCGCUUUAUCAAUCAUUGUUGUUUCAUUUUUCCGCCAACGACAAGCACUUCGAGGACGGAAAUGGUAUUCUACGGUCACCGUCAACGUUUAAUGGAAAUCGGUGUACGGGAUAGUAGAGUUAAACAACUGACUAUACCACCGGACUUGAACGAUGGAAAUAUACUCAUAUACACAAGAGAAAAUCGUCUAAUGUGGACAACAUGUGCGCAAUUAGAACAAAUAACACGAGUCUCGUGCGAUUCGCAUUGGUUAAAAGGUUGUUUGGUUAGAGAACAUGGACCUUAUUCAUGGUAUUGUAAUUUAACACAACAUGCUUCUUAUACGGAUGAUAUUCCAAGUGUAACUGUUUUACAAGCUGGCUCAGAUUUCACGGAAAGAAAUGAUCCAAGUAUGAAGAAAAGUUGUUGA